AUGGACCCGACAACACCAGUGAAGCGCCGCGCCGAACACGUCCAAGCCCUCCACAACCCGCACUUCAAGCCGCUCUGGGAGCCAGCCACGACAGUAGGCGGCAACGCAAUCACGUACUCCCUAGCCCACCACUCCUACCAGGAGCACAUCGCCAACGCGGGGAUGUGCACGUUCUGCACGGACGAGCUGACCUGCCGCGUGUCCGAGGCGGCGAGGCGCCUCAAGGCACAGGGGCUCUUCCACGACGACGAGGCACACAUGGACCUCUUCUGGCAGGACACGAGCGGCGGCGGCAUGUCGGUGGCCGACCACGCCACGGAGCUCGCCGGCGGGAUGCCGCCGGCUUGGCGGCACGAGCGCUGUUCUGGUUUCCAGGGCGAGCUCGCGGCGAUGGACCGCGCCGAGGCCGCCGAGUCACAAGGUGGUGCCUCGCAGUCCCUGGGCCCUUACCUCGUGGCUGGCAGCGGCGCUGCCAAUAUGCCAACACCGUCUGCCACUAUAACUCCGAAGGGCGGCUUAUAA